UUAGAUUCUACAACCAAAGCUUCAAGCAAAAAAAAAAAAAACACCUGUUCCCUCUCCUCUCCAGCUUUAGCAUCAUCUUCUCUUCUCCUGUGUAUUUGGUUGCCUAAAAUGACAGGGAAAAGGACCCAGAUCAGCCCAAUUGGAAGCCCCUUGUCUGAGAACAUCUCAGAAAGCUCUUCCAAAUUAGAGCAGGACCGAUUCCUCCCCAUCGCCAACGUAAGCCGGAUCAUGAAGAAAUCCCUCCCAGCAAAUGCAAAGAUAUCCAAAGAAGCCAAGGAAACUGUCCAAGAGUGUGUCUCUGAGUUCAUAAGCUUCAUCACAGGCGAAGCAUCCGACAAGUGUCAACGAGAGAAGAGGAAGACUAUAAACGGUGAUGAUCUUUUGUGGGCUAUGAGCACACUAGGGUUUGAGAAUUACGUUGGAUCCUUGAAGGUUUAUCUCAACAAGUAUAGAGAUACUGAGGGAGAGAAAAAUUCUAUGGCUAGACAAGAGGACCACUUAUCUCCCACUAACCAUGGUUCUCUUGGUACUCAUGAAACUAUCAAAGUCAAUGGUUCUCCUUCUCUAUCAACUGGGAUGGAUCUUCAGAGUUUUAACGCCGGACUCUACUCACUCGGCACGGAAGUAACAGCCAAGAGCUAUGGACAAAACACAAGGUUCCUUGGUUAUCAAGAGAGUUCGAUGGUUGGUGAUUUCAACAUGAAUAAGAUACGCGAUCAUGGAGACAGGAAUGGCAAUAUAGCUAUGGCUGGUCAGCUUCAUCACGGGGUUGGCUGGUAGAGAGAUGUUAUACACACACACACACACACACACAUAAUUAUGUAAGCUUAUUUCUUUCUUUGUUAAGUUAAUUAACUAUCUACAUCUACAUGUCCACAUAUAUAAAGUUAUUGCAGAUUCUCUUGUGCUCUUAAAAGUAUGAAGAUCGUAGAGCUUCGAAGAAUCUCCAUGAAAUCUUAUGUCUGUUCAUUCAAUACAUAAUUCAAUUACUACA